AUGCCCAGAAAAAAUACUCGUUCUCGCUCCAGCGACUCUCCUGAUCCAGGCGACGCUGCCUUGGAGGCGCAGGCACGAUUUCUCAGACUUAAAAAAGAUCGGGACGAGACUAUCAAUGCAGUGACAGCCGACUUUGACACUACCCUUGCAGAACUACGAACAAAGAUCAUUGCUUGGCAAGAAGAUGUACAACGCCAGCGUAAAGCCAGGCGGCAAUACUGUCAAGUAGAGUUGAUGCGACUAGCCGAUAGAAGGGAGAACAUUGAAGUCCAGAUGGUGGGAAUAGUAACCAAUGCACAAAGAAUGGUGGGCGAAUUAGAAGAUAUGAUGCUGGCUGGAUAUGAAGGGAGAGAGAAGGAAGCUGAAGAGGCUUUGGAGAAGGUGGUCACCCUGCAUCAUCUGCAUCCGCCCAACAGCGGCAAUCGUAUCACAACCUCGGCAAAGCCUGCGGUUGCACCGCAUUUGACGAAGUGAUGGAAUCGUUGAAGAGCGGAGAAGAAUUGAGCGCCGUACUUUUGAUCGUCUAAAUGUUUAUAAUGUACAUAGUCCUACACCAGGCUGAAACGUUUGAAAUCAUACGCUGAAACCGAAGCCCUGCAUGCAGCUCUUGUAUUGGUCGACGAGGGAUACGCAGUCGGCAGCAGGGUUUUUGGCUGUUGAGAAGAGCAUGCACUCAUCACGCUUUGCCUUUUCGUCCUUGCAUACGCAGCAGGGCU